AUGCAGAAUCCUUACUCAAUACAGCCCUCGGCAUCAGGCUCGACAACGCCGCCGUAUCCACCCGCAUCCUCGUCCUCCCGAGCAGCCCCACCCACGACGGUCGACGCGGCGGGGGUCAACGGCGUGAUCACAGGCGCAAAUCCCGAUACCAACAUCAUGUUCUGCGUAGUCUGUGCUUCGAAUCAGAACCGAUCCAUGGCGGCGCAUUCCCUUCUGGCCCAAUCCGGAUUCAACGUCACCUCGGCCGGCACGGGGUCAGCGGUCCGACUGCCAGGACCCAAGAUCAACCUGCCCAACAUCUACCCCUUUGGCACGGCGUACACCGACAUUAUCGACGAUCUCAACUCCAAAGAUCCCCGCCUGUACUGGGCGAACGGGCUGAUGACGAUGCUCAACAGGAAUAAGGAUGUCAAGCGCGCACCAGAACGGUGGCAGGAGACCAAAUAUGCAGCCGACAUCGUCAUCACCUGCGAAGAACGCUGCUUCGACGCGGUGUGCGAGGACCUUUUCGGGAGAGGCGGCGAGCUCAACAGGCCAGUACACGUGAUCAAUGUCGAGAUCAAGGAUAAUCACGAAGAGGCGGUCGCUGCGGGCAAGGCGAUAUUGGAUCUGGCAAAUGCGAUCGCGGGCGCGGGCGAUGUAGAUGCCGAGAUGGACGGGAUUCUCGAGCAUCACCAGCAGACGUACCCGCAUGCGAUUUUGCAUACUGUUGCGUACUACUGA